GCUAACACUUGUCACUAAACCUCCACGUCUUCAUCUGAGAUAAGCGCGCACCAAAUAAACGUGUCGGAGAGCAAAACGAACGCGAGCUGCGAGUAGAUCCAUUGUAGCCAACAAAAAAGUCGCUGUAAUAAUGUUGUGCCGGGCCCUGUUGGCCGCCGCCGUCUUUACAUGUACGUUGUCUCGCGGAUCGCGCCCACCGACUUUAAACUACAUAAAAGGUUUAAAAAAAUAUACGGAACAUAGGUUGCGACUAGAAGAAAGUGAGCUCAUGGUGUUUCCAACGUUGAUCAAAAAUGUGUUGUGCGUGCUGUUGCUCAGUGGUGUCCAAAAGGAGGACAUCGACGCGAGCACCCUGCGGAAGCUGCAGCGGCACAACGUAAACAUCGACGAUAUCAACGACCAGCAGCUGAAAACACAAUGUCUUGGUAAAACAGACAUUCCAGUCACUUUGACCACGCCACUGACAAAUCCGACAACCGAGAAAACAAAGAUAACUGUUACCGACAAAAAUGGACUGCCAGCCGAAGAUACGACGCCGCUACAAAAGAUCUUUGAAUAUUUAGAUUUUUUAAAUAAAGAAGAAAAAAGAAAAGCCUUGGAAUCUAAAGAUAAUGACAAAAAAAUAAAACAGGGACAGAAACCGUUCUCUCUUUUAUCCAGUUCCCCAUUUCGUGAUAGAAUUCAAGGAAUUAAAGUUGAAGAUUUGAAUACCGAAACACCACUUACAAUAACGACAACCAGCACUAAGAAGGACGAUGAAAAAAGCAAAAUGGAAAAGAAUAUAAAUUCGGAACUAGAGACCUUAAUGAACGUUUUGCGAACAAAUAUUGGCAGGACGCCUGAUUUGUCGCAGCAAGGAAGUACUACGGUUAAAACAUCAAAAGAUCUUCCUGUUUCUGAACACACUAAAGAUGUCGACUACAUUCAAAAAAUAGUAGAGGAAAUAAUGUCCAAGAGACAAUUGAAAGAAGUAAACAGAACUAAAAGCCCUAAUUUAAAUACAAACGAAUCAAUGCGAAAUAUAGAUGACAUACAAUCCAAAAACAAAUCAAUAUCACUAAUAAGCUAUUAUUUAAACAAUUAUAAACUCGGGAAUUUUUACGCAAAUAAUCAAGGUGAUAAAGAUACAUACGAUAUAUUAGACACUGUUAAAAGGCUUAAAUCCAGUAUUAACGAGCCAGAUGGAAAUAAUAAUGAUGAAUACUCUAUUUGCAAUAAAUUAAAAGCACAAGAACAGAAAGUAGUCCCUGGCCAAAACGGCAACCCUAUAAUCAACAACAUUUUAAGUAAAUUAAAAGAGGAAAGUGAAAGGUUUAAGCUUUUAGAUAAAGAAAGUGCCAUUAGAACUAUUAUGGAACAUGAACCACAAACUACGCAUAUCAAUCAGAAUAAUGACAAGGAUAAAUUUAUCAAUAAUAAAGAAGGGCUAAAUAUAGUAGACAAAGAAUACAUUACAGCAUUAGGCAAUGAAUCUAAAAGUAUUAGCGUUGAUGGCCUAAGAGGUCACAUAAAAAUAAAUGAUGUUUAUAAAGACGUGUUAGAAGUCUCGGAUACUGAAUCAGAUACAGCUUUAAAAAAUGUAUUACAAUCGCAAUCAAAACUUUUUAAUCAAAUAUUUAAUCAACAAAGAAACCUAAUAAAACUGUGCAAUACCGACAAAGAAAAGUUAAAAUCACGCGAAAAUGAAAGUCCCGAACCUUUACAAUCUGCAUUGAAAUCUCAACUAAAUAAUGAACAAAAUAAACCUAUGGCAACCAUGCAACAAUCACAAGAUAACUACCCGACAUACAUCAAUGAAAACAUACAUAAACUAGAACCUGAAUUAGGACAUGAGCAAGCAAAAUUUGUAGGUCAAUCACGUUUAUUCCAUUACAGCCCAUCAAAAUCAGACAACAAUGUAUUAAAUGAAAAAUACAAAAGUUGGCAACUUACCGCCCCAAACUCUUUUAUUAUAGAAGAUCAAGCUACAGAGCCGAAAAAUAAUUUUAGGACAGGAAAUUGGAUGGAUGAUAAAUUAAAAACAACCAACAGACAAAAUAGUAUCGACCACGAUCCAGACCUCGUUAAGGACUAUAAACGACCCUGGUUCUAUGCUGAACUGAACAAUAAACAAUUCAAGUUCAAAACCAACGGAAAUCAACAGGGAUUAUAUUUUAUACCUAACAGAGAUAACAAAAUGACCAGUACAGUAGAGCCUAGAUUAAAAAAAUCAUACGAAAAAAGUUGGUCACCGUACUUUGACAUUGCCGAUAAUAACACUGCAGUUAUUCGAACAAACGAACAUCUAAGGGCUAAUAAAGAACAACCAAUUUUAGUCGAUCCAUCAUUAACCCGAUCAAACGUCCGAGAAUUAAUGGAUAGUAGUAAAAAAUACCCCAUGAUCGACGGAACGUAUCAAUAUGAAAAUAAAUAUCGUAGCGACAUUGAAGAUAGAAGUUCAGAACAAUUAAAAACCAAACAAGAUAAGAAAAUUAACAUAGUUAAUUGCCAAACAUUUUACGAAACCAGGGUCGAAUGCCUUUCCGCUGCUGAGUAUAAAAAAAACUGGGGGAAUUUUAGAAAUAAGCAAAAUAAUAUUAAAAUGACUAAUAUGAGAGAAAAUAAUGAGGAAACUGAAACUUUAAAUAAUAACAUAAAAACGAAACAUAAAAAUUAUAGAUUACCAUCAAGACCUACUACCACUGAGCAGCACUUGGACAGUGAUACAACUUUAGGCCAAUUUAAAACAAAUAUCGAUGACGAUGAUUUCUUCAGUCAAAAUGAAACUAAAGAAAGUAAAAAAAUACCUUCAUUAUCUCCAAAUGUUAUAAAAGAUAUAGCACAAAGUAUAAAAGAAUAUGUAUUAAGGGAUUUAAAAACCACAACGACGACGAUAACACCCAGCAGCACUACAACUUAUCAGAUGACAACUACAACACCUACUACAAUCACCAAAACAGUUAAAUCAACCACAAAAGAAGAAAUGCUAACGACAUCGACCAAAGAUCCAUUAAAGAUACAGGAUGCUUCGAAAACAUUGGAGAAAAUGAUGGAAAUGUUAGCGAAAAUUACUUCGAUGAAGAAUACAGGUUUAGAACCAGAGAACGUUAAGCAUGUUCCGUACAACAUUAAUACAACAGUCACAACACAAAAAACAAUCACGCAACGCCAUGAACAACAAAUAGUAUCAACAGACAAUACCCUCCGACAUCAACAAACUAUCCAAUUGGAAGAAAACCGUGUAUCGCAUGUUCCACAACCUUUACAACAAAACGUAGAAAAUCUUAAAGCAUACGUGCCUCAACUGGUAGAAAUGAAAGAUGAAAAUCUGUUGCCAUAUGGUUCGCAACCUUUGCAAAAGUAUCCAGAAAACCAUGUACCAUACGUCACACAAGUUUUCCAGCGUCACCCAGAGAAUCAAUUAGCAUACGACUCACAACCGUUAAAUCUUAACCCAAACCAUCGUGUUCCAUAUGAUACACAGCCUGUACAGCAAGGCCCUAUGAAUCGAUUACCAUAUGAAAUACAACCAUUAAAGCACAACUUAGAAAACCAAGAAAUUAGCGAGCCGUAUGUGUCACCGGCAGUACAACUCAAAGGAGAAAACCGUUUACGAUAUUAUCCACAUACCUUAGAACGUAAUCCAGAAAAUGUAGUAUAUGUUCAACAGGCUCCAGUAAACCAUUCACCAUAUGUUCCAAAGGAUAUGCAACUCAACGUUGAAAACCCUACGUACGUCCCACAGGCCGCCGAAAUGAAAGCAGAAAGCAAUUUUCAAUUUGAUUCACAGCUCUUACAAAAUAAUCAAGAAAACCUACAACAUAAUACACAGUCUUUCCAGCGUAAUCCGGAAGACCAUAUAAUAGUGCCAGAAGUUAAAACAGAAAGCCGAAUACAAUAUUUUCCACGAGCUUUACAACCAAAAACAAAAGACCGAAUUCCGUAUGAUUUGCAGCGGUUAGAGCCCAACCCAGAAAACCACGUAACAUAUCCUCCAGCGCCCUUACAUUUGCCCCAUGGGCAGCAUGCUGCAGAAUUACCACCAGUAAACAACAUACCAUAUGGUUCACCGGCUGUGCGCCUAAAAACUGAGGAUUGUUUACCAUAUAACCCAAAACCCUUACAAAAUGGCUCUAAAAACAGACCAUAUGAUUACAGUAUGAUGGACCCUUAUCAUCAUUCGAACAUUGAAUUUAAGACAUAUUUAAAAGAGGUACAAGCACCUGUCCCGCAAAACAAAGUAAAACCGUCUUCCGGUAAUCAAGUUAUAACAGUACAAACAAACUCUGGAGAAAUAUCACCAUUGAAAAUAGUACUGCAGAAACCUUUUUUGCAAAAUAUAGUACUUACAACACAACCGCCAGUAAAAGCGCAUCACAGUGACGAAACUUUCCAUUUCAAAAAACCAAUACAAAAACAAAAUCGACACCAAGUAGAAGUCAAAGAAAGCGAAAUGAAUAAUAUUAAUGAAGACAAAGGUUAUGUGGCUCGACAUACACACAGAGACACUAAGACAGCUGUUCCAAAAUCUAGAAAAACUAAAAAGGAACGUGAAGUAGUCCACCACUAUAAACCACGAGAUCUUAAUGAAAUUGAAAAAUUCCAUGAAAAGUUAGAGAGAGGCGAUGCCAGGCAACGCGAAGAUGAAAAGAUUACAAAGAGAGUACAAAGACCGAUAGUGAAGAAUACUAAUUAUGAUGACACGCAUUUCCGAAAUUUUCUACAAACACAACAGAAAGUAAACGCUAUGCUUGAGAAAAUAUUGGCUUCUGCUAAAACCAAGCCAAUCAGUGCCGAGGUUAUAUAAUUUUCACUAUAUUGUAGUUUU